GCUUGUAAAGUUCCCAUGCAACUUUGCCUACAAAACCCUGGUCGCCAUAUCAUUCAUGUCACCCCAAAUUUGCCCCAUCCUCGACCAUCAGAUUUCCACAGUUUCGGAAGAUCGAAGUAUACAAGCAUUCCGGUUGCAAUUCCCAUUUGUUCAAUUUCUUCAAUGGGCAACUCCAAUGUUCUAAGAGCAGAUAACAAAAGGGCUGCAUUUCCUAUGCUGGGGCUUCUUUGUCUAUCGCUGUUACUGCAGAAGAGUGGUGCAAAUGAGUUUACGUUAGGCUGGACUGUUCCUGAUGCAUCAACUCAUUUUGAUCAAUGGGCACAAAACAACAGAUUUCAAAUCGGUGACUCCAUUGUUUUCACCUAUUCUCCUGGCCAAGACUCAGUGCUCCGCGUCAGCCAGGAUGACUACACGAAUUGCAACACUGAUGCUGCAGCUGAGAAAUUUAGCGAUGGCCACUCGGUCUUCAAGUUCAACCAAUCUGGGCCAUUCUACUUCAUCAGUGGGAACAAAGAUAACUGUGCCAAAAAUGAGAAGCUGAUUGUGAUUGUUCUGGCAGACAGGAGCCAAACAAGCACUGCAACUCCUCCAUCUCCUGCACCUUCUGGCGAAGCGUCUCCACCUCCACCUUCACCAGGGACAGUCCAGAGUAACCCGACUCCCGCUCCGGAAAGUGAUCAAAUGAUCCCUCCUCCACCUCCUAGCGGUGCUUCUUCACUUGUCCUAAGUUUUGUUGGAUCCAUUGGAGCAGCUGCUGCAUAUUCGUCAUUUUUAUUGUUCUAACUUACCUGAGUGCUUGUUUGAGUCGUUUGGACAAUGCUCCCUUUUUUCCUGUUUUUGUUAUUUUCUUUUCCUUGAGCUCAGUUUAUACUUUAUACAUUCAACUGGCUUUGGAUUGCUGUUUCAUAUGUAUUCGUUUCUUGCUGAGAAACAAGCACUGUAAAUUAUGAUUGCAUAUGCUUGUGGAAACCCAGCAUAGUAAAUAAUAAUGUAACUACACAGAAAUAAAUUGGUUUGUAAACUGUGAUGCAAAGAUUCUACAAAAUUAUAUGCAUUGCUUUCUGAUGUGAAUUAUUAGUAGGGUGUCUGCAAAUCAUGCUGCAUAACUUGAGUCAUAAUUUCACUUGGAAACAACAGUGAAGGCGUAU